AUGUCUCAACAACAACAGACUUUUGAUGAACAACUAUCUCAACCAAACCCUCAACAACCCCAACGGAAACAAAAUUAUCAUGAUGAUGGAGGGCUUGAACAUUCCGUUCAGCAACUCCUUCAACAACAACAACAACUUCAGCAACCAAUUCAAAAUAUCAGUCAACAACCCCAACAACAAAAUUAUGACCGACAACUUCAACAUCACGUGCUACAUCAACAUCACGUGCAACAAAACCUUCAGCAACAUAUUCAAAAUUUCGGUCAAGUGCGACAACAAAUUCAACAAAUUAAUAAUCCAAGUCAGCCAACGUUUCAACAACAAAUUCAACAAACUCAGCCAGCUCAAAAUAUUGAUCACGGAGUUAUUGCAUUUGAUAAUUCAUUGUCAUUUCAAAACAUUACUAAUGAUAACAACAACAAUAGCAUGCUGGCAGCGCAAUCUUUACCACUACCACAGCAACGGCAACAACAUCGCCAAAUAGUUUAUGUUAAUAGCAACUCAAAUACAUUAUCUUCACCAUCAAUCAAUAAUGAUAUUAGUUUUAAUAAUCGUGAUUUAAAUUUAAAUGUUUCUUCAUUCAAUUCUAGAAACUACAACGAAGACCCUUUAGUUGCAGCCAUUUCUCAUCACAUGUUAGUUAUUAAAGACUAUAUGAUGAAGAUUAAUCAACAUCAUGUAGAAGUGGAACAAAUGAUCAAUAUGUUAAGACGCAGAGAUAAUUAA